AAUAUAUAGUGGAUUGAUUAUUGUUUUAAAUGCACAGUUCAAUCGUAGUCUCCAAUAAGUUCACUGUACCGUCCCAAAAUCAAUCAAAAUGUUCACCAAACUGAUCUGCAUCGCCACCCUGGCCAUAUCCUGCGUUUGCGCAAAUUCCGGAGUCAUCGCCCCAGUGGCUUACUCUGCCCCACUGCUUGCCGCUCCCGCACAGGCCGUCCUGAACACCCAGAGUACCCAGGUCGUUGGCCGCAACUACGUUGCCCCUCUUGCCUACACCGCUGCUCCACUGGCGGCUCCAUUGGCGUACACGGCUCCGGUGGCCAAGGUCGCCACGGCUGCCCCACUUGCCUACACAGCUCCUUUGGCCUACCCAGCUGCCGCCGCCUACGCUGCUGCUCCCUAUGCCGCUCCAUUUGCCUCGCCGUAUCUCAGCGCUGCCUACCGAUACAGCCCGUACGUGCUGUGAAUAGCCAAUGGGAUUGAACAAACGCCUUGUACCAAAAAUGCGAUAUGCUUUGAAUGGAAGAAUAGAAGAAAGGCGCUUUGAGUGCAUGAUCUAGGAUGGUGAAAUCAAAUACAGGUUGUUGAAAA